GGCUGUUGGUUGGUCUAGAAGGGUGUAGUGAGGAAUUUGCUAUAUUUAGCUAGAGAUACAAUUAACCUGCAUUUAUUUUAAGGUGGGUGACUAUCUAUGUAGCAGAAUAUAUUCUACUGUUAGAAUACGACUGUUGCCUAAAGUAUUAGCUAACGUCAAUUUGCAGGACAUGUGCUCUGUUACCCAUCUAGCUAGUUGGCUAACUUUAGCUAGCUGGGUAAUCCUUACCACAGACCACAUAUAGCUCUUAGCUAUUACCUACUGGAAAGACUGUCGAGUAACUACAUAGAGUAACUACAUAGCUAGAAACGAUCACCAUGGAUGGUUGUGGGGAAGGCAGCGGGACCAACAGACUGAUGGUGGAAAAGCUAUCCUUGUCCUGUGAUAGACUGCUAUCUCACCUACAGCUGGCCUGCUGUCCCUCUCACUGUGCCUCACCACUACAAGGGAAGGACCUGUUGAUACACUGCCUCCUGGACACAGAGCUGAAGGCCCUGCGACUGACUGGUCACCAUGGAGACAUCUCUGCCAUGGUGUUUGGGACAGGUAGAGACCCUCUCCUGCUCUGCUCUGCCUCUGCAGAUUAUGUCAUAAUCUGGGAUAUCCAGCGCUGCUACAGGAGAACUAGGGAGGGGGUAGUUGCGUCUGGUACAGUUAUUGGGACACUACUGGGCAAGGUAGUCCAUCUGUCAUUUUGUCCCUGUGAUGAGCGAGUGGCUGCAUGCUCAGGGGCGAAAGUAUACAUACUCAACUCCAAUAUAGAGGAAGCGUUGUCUGUGCUGGCUGGCCACCUGGGACCUUUGACAGCAGCUGAGUUCUGUCCAUGGGACAAAGACAUCCUGGUGUCCAUAUCAGAAGACCGCACGUUUAAGGUUUGGGGAUUAAAAAUGGAACAGAUUCUCUAUCAGUCUGCUGUAUUGUCAGCAUCUCCACUACUCAGUAUGUUGUUCUUGGAGAAGAGCAGGCAGCUUGUCACUGGUUCUGCUGAUGGACAGGUGUGGAGCUUCACUCUUCCUGAGGACCACAGAUGUCAUUUGGUGACCAAAUUGGACCUUCACAAGGUGCAGCAACGACACCAAAGACACCUGGACACAGUGGCCCCACAGACUGGUGGUGUACUAGGAAUCACUCCAGACCCGGUGGAGACGGCAAAGCCAGUCCUCAGAAUUUGUGCUUAUCACAGGCGGCUACCUGACAUUGAUCAUGGGCAGCAGAGCUGGGUGUGGAUGGGAAGCUCUGAUGGCCUCUACCUGGUUGACCUGGGCACCUCUGAGCUCCACAUGACACUACUUUUCAGAGACCACCCCAACUUGAGCAUAACCAUGGCUGGAUCAUGGGCCAUGUCCCAAGGACUGGAUAACAGUAUGAUCUUUGUGGUGACCUCUCUAUUUGAGGCCCUGGUGUCUGUAUUGGAGGUGAGACUGCUGGGGUCAGGGUCCGUGGACAGCCUCUGUCAGCACCUGGAGGGGCUCUCCGUCAUGCCCAGUGCCCCUCUGAUGCCUGAAUCUCCUCUCAACGCUGAGUUGAAAAAGAAGGGUCCUAAACCUCCCACAAAAACAGGGAAACGUGGUGUGAAGGAGCAGCCUCUAGUUUUCCACACACAGGUCAAGUCAUCAGGAUACACACAAUGUCCCCGAAUGACAAUGUUCUCACCCAAGACCAAUGUUCAGAAGAAGACCCCAGGACCUACAAAGACCAACAAGAAGAUAGGAUGUCUCGUUAGUGAAUACCCAGGAGACACUGCAGCACCCAGUGUCCCACACACUAACCUCAGCACAGUCAAAACCCCUACACCAGUUUGCUGUACCCAAUACUCAGGAGAUGGAAAGCAGAUUCUGUGUGGUCUGGGAGACAGAUCUGUAUUGUUGUACAAGUCCUCCCUCACUGGCACUCCAGCUGUUUACACAGGUCAUGACAAGGCAGUGAGCAGUGUGGCCUGGAGUCACAGCAGACAGUGGUGGCUGAGUGCCUCAGAAGACAGGACCCUCCGCCUCUGGCCCACAGGAAGUCCUGAGCCUGCCGUUACCAUGGGGGGUGAUGAGAAGUUCUCCAAAACCAUCCGGGGGGCUCAGUUCUACUACCUGGAUAAGUUCCUGUUACUGGCAUCUGGUCCCUCCCUACACCUCUACCUGUAUCACCUGGAUAACACACAGGACGACAUUAAAAGGUACCAGCAGAGGAGUGCCAUCAAACUGAUAAGAUGUUUAGAGACUAAAUCAGGAACAGACAUCACUGCUGUGUCAGUCAUCAACGACUUCUACUCCUACAUAGUGCUGGUGAGUGGUGCUGACCGCUCCAUCCAGGUGUUGGACAUGAACACAGGGACAGUGGCCUCACAGCUCCCUGAUGCCCACAGCAGAGCUGUCCAUCACAUCACACAGAACAAGGGCUCUAUGUUCAGUAGCCAGACCCCAGACUCCUACAACCUCUUCCUGACCAGCGCAGUGACCGACGGAGUUAAGCUGUGGGACCUGAGGACACUCAGGUGUGUGCGGCGGUAUGAGAACCACUUGAAUCGCUGUCAUCCCUGCACCGCAGCCUUUUCACCCUGUGGACGAUUCAUUGCUUCUGGCUCUGAAGACAACUGUGCCUAUGUGUAUGACAUCCGCAGCAGCAGCUACCUCCACAAGCUCCAGAGACACUCCGACACCAUCCUCAAUGUGACCUUUAACCCUGCUACACCUGAGCUGCUGACCGGGACUCUGGACGGGAGGCUGAGUCUGUUCCGCCCUGGCAACGCCGCCAUCAGGGUCACCCUGUCAUGACAACUGGAUCCCAUUACAACAGGCAAGCGCAUUCAAACAUUUGAAAGAAAGCAAAUGCUAUAUGAACCCAGGUCUGGACCUGACAAUGACGCUUGUGUUAUUUACACCAUACUGUAAUGGGGACCAACGGGCCUCGUUAGCUAGAGAGCUUCCUUUUAUCCCAUUGGCUGUGAUCUCACAGUGAGGCUUUACAGAGGGAUGGAUGCCAGGGCCUGGAGAGUUACAGCAGCAUUACUGAGACCCAGGGGCUACAGUGACAUCACCAUCUGACUGCACCGCUCAGCAGCCUGCGAGUCUGACACGCAGACGUUACUACAUACUAACACACCCAUCCACAUGUACAGAUGUAUUUACAUUAGAAUGGAGACACACACAGACCUAGACAGAAAGAAAAGACUGGUAUGUUCAGUACAGAACUAUAUAUCACCUAUAUCCCAACAGUACAGUAGGUGAAAUUUGAAUAUUCAAGAUUAAACUGAUUUGAAUGCAUACAGAAUGCUUAACUGUUUUUGUGCUUCUUACUGUCCUUCUCCGUUCCACACUUCCAUAGUUCUGGCAAUUAGGCCUACUGCUCAGAUAACAUAUUUCUCCCCCCUCUCCCUGUUGCUGAUGGUUUGAACAUACACUUAGUGUAUAAAACGUUAGGAACGUCUUUCCAUGACAUAGACUGACCAGGUGAAUCCAGGUGAAAGAUAUGAUCCCUUAUCGAUGCAACUCAAUAUAAGGAAGGUGUUCAUAAUGUUUGGUAUACUCAGUGUAUGGGGAAGGUACUGUCCUGUACUGUCUGGAUGGAACAAUAUGUAUGGUGGAGACAGUCAGGGUACUAUAGAUCAGAAGACAACCGCUAGUGUUCUUGGCCACUAAAAGGGAACCAAUAUGGCAUCUCAGGUUUUUUUUAUAGACUUUGUAAGGAUUAGGCAAAAGAUCAAUAGUCUGGUCUCGGUUCCUGUCAAGCUGAUCAAAUUUAAAUGUUGAAAGAUAAUGAUUCAAUAAUUCCACUCUGAAACCUUAUAAUUGUAUGAAAUUGAUUAGAAUCAUAAAAUUAUAAUCUGAUCAUGUGUGUAGUUUUAGCCAGAAUUAGGUUAAACAAUGUAUCUGUAUAGUGGAAAAACACAGACUGUCUGAGCAAGGCGUAGCUCAGGAUUUGAACUUGUAUGUGGGGGCCGAAGAAAGAUACAGAGAACAGUUAAACUGUGUUUGGACCGACCUGGUUAGGCCUCUGAGGAACUUGAUGGCAUAGGGAGUACUUCUCAAGGUUUCCCUAAUCUCGGGGGAAUGGAAUUGUCGGCUGGGUAGUGAUACACAGUGGUGAGAACUAUGGAGAAGGAUAAAACUCACCUACUGUUUGUGUGGAAGUAUGUGCGUAGGAUAUAGAGGUCGACCGAUUAUGAUUUUUCAUCGCCGAUACCGAUUAUUGGAGGACCAAAAAAGCCGAUACCGAUUAAUCCGCCGAUUUUUUUAAAGUGUAUUUGUAAUAAUGACAAUUAUAACAAUACUGAAUGAACACUUAUUUUAACUUAAUAUAAUACAUCAAUAAAAUCAAUUUAGCCUCAAAUAAAUAAUGAAACAUGCUCAAUUUGGUUCCUUGCUCAAAACAUGAGAAGAUAUGAAAGCUGGUGGUUCCUUUUAACAUGAGUCUUCAAUAUUCCCAGGUAAGAAGUUUUAGGUUGUAGUUAUUAUAGGAAUUUUAGGACAAUUUCCCUCUAUACCAUUUGUAUUUCAUUAACCUUUGACUAUUCAAUGUUCUUAUAGGCACUUUAGUAUUGCCAGUGUAACAGUAUAGCUUACGUCCCUCUCCUCGCUCCUCCCUGGGCUCGAACCAGGAACACAAUGACAACAGCCACCCUCGAAGCAGCGUUACCCAUGCAGAGCAAGGGGAACAACCACUCCAAGUCUCAGAGCGAGUGAUGUUUGAAACGCUAUUAGCGCGCACCCCGCUAACUAGCUAGCCAUUUCACAUCGGUUAUACCAGCCUCAUCUCGGGAGUUGAUAGGCUUGAAGUCAUAAACAGCGCAAUGCUUGACGCACAACGAAGAACUGCUGGCAAAACGCACAAAAGUGCUGUUUGAAUGAAUGCUUACGAGCCUGCUGCUGCCUACCACCGCUCAGUCAGGUACUUGUAUGCUCAGUCAGAUUAUAUGCAACGCAAGACAUGCUAGAUAAACUAGUAAUAUCAUCAACCAUGUGUAGUUAACUAGUGAUUAUGAUUGAUUGAUUGUUUUUUAUAAUGCUAGCUGGCAACUUAACUUGGCUUACUGCAUUCGCUGCAUUCGCGUAACAGGCAGUCUCCUUGUGGAGUGCAACGAGAGGCAGGUGGUUAUAGCGUUGGACUAGUUAACUGUAAGGUUGCAAGAUUGGGUCCCACGAGCUGACAAGGUGAAAAGCUGUCAUUCUGCCCCUGAACGAGGCAGUUAACCCACCGUUCCUAGGUCGUCAUUGAAAAUAAGAAUGUGUUCUUAACUGACUUGCCUAGUUAAAUAAAGAUUCAAUAAAGGUGUAAAAAAAAAAAAUCUGAUUGUUAUGAAAACUUGAAAUCGGCCCAAUUUAAUCGGCCAUUCCGAUUAAUCGGUCAACCUCUAGUAGGAUACCUACGGUUUGUGUGGAAGUAUGUGCGCAGCUAUAAAAUGGAUGUCUUUGUAUAAUGAACUUCAGAACAUUCUCGUGAAUAAACACUUUGAUUUUUGUAA